AUGCCCGGCUCCAGCGAUACUUCGGAGAUCUUAGCUCGGUACGAAGGACUUGUUACUCGGCUUCACCGGCUCGAGAAUGUCGGUACAGCCGUGGUUCACCCACCGGGAAAGAGCAAUUCUCGAAAAGAUAAUGAGUUGUGUACGGCUCGCACUAGGAGCGCCGGCCAGAACACACAAUCAUCGUCGGGGUCCACAGCCCAAGAGGGACAUGCCUCGACGGAAGAUGGCGCCCAGCACACCAUCUCUCCUAUGUUACCGGAAGGACUCCCCUCAGCUGGAAGACAAGUUUCCCCAAAGUCAGAUGGUCCUGACGCGGACGAGGCGUGGAAACUGUUUAUCUUUGGUGAUGACAAGAGUGAGGAACUUGAGAGGCAGGUGUUUGAGGAGGCUGAACGCAAUACCGUACUGGACGUACAAACCUCAACACUCACGGAUCCAUUGCAAGGCCGCGAAUCCGACGAAGCCAGUAACGUUGCGACUGUGGGCACUGGCUGCACCGGCAACAGCGACGAGAUACCAGCUCCCCCAGAGACUUGCUCAGGCUACGAGAGUCCUCGAAGUCUCGAGGUAGAAUACCAACCAACUCUGAUUCAAUUAAAUUCACGUUUCCCAACGUCAAACAGUUCGGUCCUCUCACCACACCCAGGCGCCGAGGUGGAUACCAAGAUGAUCGGUCUGAUAGAGACGGAGAAUUCCGUCGACACUUCUCACGAUGCCUUUGAGAGGCACGAGUACUCCGACAGCAGAGAUUCAGGGCCAGACACCGCCGCACCUUCGACAACCUCGCUAGCCGUCGAAGUAGGCACCGCGACAGAACAGUUCCGCUUCGCCCAACCUAGACUUUUUGUUGGUAGCCGCUCGACUAUACCAAAAGCAACACACCUCACCAGGAUUAGACCCGGUAUCAGUCUUACUAAAAAGGGAAGGGGUCGGGCGAAAAAACGAGCCAACGAUGGUCGGGCAAACAUUCGGGCUCUCCCAAACUACAGCAGUGACCCUAUUGAAGAUUUCGAGGAGUAUGGACGGGCUCGUAAGGGAGAUAGACCACAAAACUCCCUAUUCCCCGCUCUCGAGCUCACUUGA